AUGGCGAAUGCUUCGUCCAACAACCCGAUCGACGAAGGCCUGCAGGACCUGGGCGUUCCGGUGCCAGUGCAAACGUUCCUCUGGCAGCAGAUCGCACCGUUCAUUCGACCGAAGCUGGGUAAACUGCACGAGGCCAGCUGCAUGUUCUGUCAACACGCACCCGGACACCAUGAGCUGAAAGAAGCCUGCAAGUCGUUUGAAAAGGUACUGGUACAGAACAUCCAGUUCGGCCUGUCGCCAUCGUUAACGUCGGCGCUUGAGUCGAUUCCACGAUGGCGCAUUGUGCAGGCGGCCUUGCCUCACGUCAUCCACUGUGCCGGAGCCUUGAUGCACAAUCGUGUGAAAGAUCUGCAAGCGCUCGGAUCGGCCGAAACGAAGAUCCUCUACACCCUGCACUGGAUAUUGCUUUUCGCGGCCGAAGAAUGCGCCGAUGCCGAGGCGGACAAGGACAGUACCUCCAGCAACUACCUGUUUUCGAUACCAACCAUAUCGCUGUUCGUGUUUCUGUUCGCACCGAUCGCGCAUAUGCUGAAGGAGUCGGACUUCCAAAACUUCCGGCUCGAGAAUGGGUUAAAGAUGUGGCAGGGCAUGUGGGAGUAUCGUGCACCAAACGCGCCCUGUUUUACGGCCCCAGUGAAGCCGAAAGCACGCAAUCUUCUGACCUCCGUCAGUACCACACCGUCGCCGGAAGUAUUUUCACCCAAGAAAAACGAAAACAUCGAAUCACCGCCAAGCAUUUACUCCGGUAACAUGAAGCACGACGACGAGCUGUCAUUUGUGUCCUCACCGAAAGAUUCAGUGUUUCCCGAGACUAUCCCGGAGGAAGCGUCGAGCGUCGAGGAGGAACGUGUAGUGAUCUUUCGCCUGCCGAUGGACGGCGGUGUACCGGAUCCAUCGUACUACACGGCCGACGCCAGCCUGUUGCAUCACGGGGCGGGAAAGUUUGCCAAACCAUCUGCACACCAAACGCCGACCAGCAGCGGUGGAGUAAAGCCACAUCCGUUGCACCAUUCGGAACAUCGCGGAGAGGCCACCAGCUUUGACUUUGAUAAAAUCGACACCUACAGCAAGGAUUCCAAGCCAAAAACGAGCUCUUCUACUGAGAGGGAGUCUUUCGACACCGGUCCGCAAAUGUCGCAGGGCCAGAAGUGUGACGUUGUUGCGGCUACCUUCCUGGAUGUGGCAGUACUGCGUUGCCUGUUCAUUUCGCACUGGCAGGAGGAAGGUGUCUACUGGAGUCUACACUAUCUCUACAACCGCCUACGCGACAUCAGUGAAGAAACGUCCGUACUCCCUUCGCACCCGCGAAGGCGCUCGAAUUCGUUACCGAUUCCACAGAUUGAGAUAUCGCUCUACCAGGGACCCACGAGCAGCCGGGACAGUCCCAGCAUCGGUUCGGCGAACAAAGACUACAUCGAGAUUCCGGAACCGCCCGUCACAACCCUGCUGGCCGAUGCACCCUUCUACGUGCCGAAAAGCUCAAGUGCGGCACCGUUGGAGGACACCAGCCUGGGCUCACUUGGCGAGCGGAAGGGAAGCGAAAAGAAAAGGCGUGUCAAGAUGGCCGACCUGCGAACGCUGAUCGAAACGCGCAUCCUGUCCAAGUCGGACCGGGGUCUGGAGAAGAUCGGUCUUGAUGCCAACACCAACGGGAAACGGCUUCAGCAAAUGGAGUGCCACCGGAGUUUGGACACUGGUGAAAGACAGUUGUCCCGUUCGGCAUCGAUGAUAUCGCGAGCGCCAUCGACAAAUUUGGUCAAAGGCAAAAGUAUGCCUAGUUUGAGCUGUCUCAUUGAUAGCGGGUGCCACCGGAUCAUCGAACCCCCACCGAAAGUGAUCCGAAACGUACAGUCAAGUACUCAAUCACGUCAAUCCAGCACAACGCCGAAGUAUCCGAUCAUCACCGUGACCGAGCAUACGCCUACACCGUCGCCAGACUAUAUGAAGCGACAGGGGUCCAUCGAUUCCCAGUUGGACGCUAUCAGUGCCGGUGGAAGUACGGGCAUGUUCAAGUCACAGAUGUUACGAUCGCACACCGAUUCGCAUAUUGGUUACACGUCCGCAUCAGAUGAAACGGAAGCACCGGGAUCUUGCUUCUACAUCACCAAGGAGGGCACCAUCGAUUACGAGGUGGUCCUACUGGCAGUCCAUUGCAUUUUCAAACGUGACUCGGGUGUCUGCACACUGCGGGUGCUGGAGGCCGGCUUGAACAUUUGCGAAAUUCUGAUGGACCUCGGGGUGCUAAAGUUCGGUGAUCAUGCGCACUCGCUUACGAUCGGGAUUGUGAAGCGCGCUUUCAUGCAUCUCGGUUGUCCACAUGGAUGCAACGACGCCAAUCGAGGACCACCGGCGGAAGUGCUGCGAACGACGUGCAACUCAAUUCUGUCUCGGUUGCUUCGUCAGAACGGCAAGAUCCUGAAGAGCAACCUCCGAUCGUUUAUCAAGGAAUCGCCACUGCAUGAAAUCACCGACUUUUUCCACGCCUACCUUGGAUUCUGCGUCGAUCCGAGCUCACUGCUAUCCCCCUUGAACCAUAAGAGAUCAUCUGGCAUAAAAUCGUUGAACCCUGACUUUGGCGGUAUACCAGGCGGCCAGGGCGGUUACGCGACCAACUUCGGCAGUGGGCUAACCGGUGGCACCGAGAGCCAGCUGAUCGGGGCCAUCUUCAAGACGCUAACGAGCCGGCUGGUGCAGUCGCUCAAGGAGCUGAAGUCGCAAGAGAACCUGGCGCUGUACUGCGACGUUCGACAGCUGAUCACGUACGUGAAGGGGGCGCACGGUGGCCCAUUCCGAGUGGUGGCCCUCAGCGGUAUCCUGGCCGUUACACCGCGACCACACAAGCAGGCACCGAAUAUGCAGACUACCCGUGUCAUACGCCACCUGCCAACGAACGACAUCCAUCUGUUGCAGCAGGACGAGAAGGCGCAGCGGAAGCUGCUGUUUAAGAAGAAGAGCACUUCCUCGACGUGCGUCAUCGUUCCUUUCCUGUUGCAGCUGUUAGAGACGGAGGGAUUUGAGGAACCGUGCCGGGCGAGCCAGAGCCCGCUGAGCAAUCUGCGCCGUAAGGGGCCGCAAGUGCGGCCCACCCUUACCCCGCGCCACAGUGAGCGGGCAUUACUAUCUGAUUCUACUUCCAGCUCGGAGCGCAACUCGGUCGGCCGGCUGACGGGCAUCGUGCGGUGGUUCCGCCGCUCGAAGGACCGCGAGUCGGUCGACCUCGAGUCCGGCAUCCUGGCGGCGGCCGCGGCCAGCGGGUCCGAGUCGAUGACGAGCUUCAUGCGCAAGGGAUCGCUCAACUUUCAGGGGCGAACACGGGCGGCGGAUGGUAUCGGGCGGUCGAUUCAGAAGGCGAAGCGACGCGUCGAACGACGCCUGAACCGGCUUGGCAUUGGGAAGGGAAAGAAGAAGACGGGUGGUACCGAGGACGUCGGUGGUAGUUAUUUUAGCAGGAGGAGCUCGCUCGAUGUAAGUGAUGGCCCACGGGAAUCGGAAGUGGUUGUCCUAAAGGAACGACGCCUCAUUCCGACCAAACCGGUACGGGAGGGAAUGGCUCGGUUUUCACUGCUACUAGAAGUGUGCGCUCCCGGAUCGGUACCUGAUCCAGCACUAAUUACCGCUCUGUUGGACCUGCCACAAGCACCGAUCGUGGCCCGGGCUGCCUUCCUGAUCGAGUGUGCCCAUUUUGUGCAUCUCUGCAACCGCGGCCAGUGGCCAUCGUGGAUGAAACAUAAUCUGCCGAUGUUCAGACCCUCGGGGCCUGCGGUAGGACCCCGUUCGGCGAUGGCCGCAGGGACUCGAAGAGCUCAUGUCCUUCAGCGGGCAGCUGGCAAAAUGUUCCAUCAGUGGGGCGAAGCAUUGGGAGCUCGGUUGAACGAAAUGGUCAACAACGAGAAGCUAAACUCGGAACAGCUGGCUGCCAGUUUGGCCGAUCCGGAGAAGCAGAAACAGUUGCUUCAGCAAGACGAAGAGGAGGAUUUUCUGGAUGAAACAAGUGUGAAUCCACAUGGAAAUGACUGUCCCCCGGCACUGAAGUUGAUAGCAUGUGUCCUGCUGUUGGAGAUUACCGCGUUCCUGCGCGAGACCUACCAAACACUGCCGAAAGCUUCCCGUAUGUCCACGAAGGAAAAACACGCCCCGUGGGAUAAGGUUUGCCGUGGUGAAACCAACCGUCGCUGGUCGAUGGCCCUUAGCUCGAUGGGACACUCGCAGACGUCGGCCCAAAGCCUGCAGUCGAUCGCUGGCCAGACGGAGCGCAAAAUCUCGUUCGUCCUGCAGGAGCCGGACAACGAGUCGGAGAACAGUAGCAACACGACGCUUACCAUCCAGGGAGAGGAAAAUGUUCGGGAAGGACAGAAACGCACACUGGCGACAUCGAGAAACUUUUUGCUACGCCGCGGCACGUCAGCCACUCCAGCUGGUGGUUCUUUUAAAAGGCGUUCGCUGAAGCUCCGCCGUGGGGCAAAAGACUUGAAGGAGGUUGAAAAUGAAUAUCCAGUCAGACGUACCGAUUCCAUCCAAUCGAAACGGAAGGUAUCCUCGUUGUCCGACCGAAGUGACAAUUCUGAACCUGGUCAAAUCAGUGGAGGAGAGGAAUCGCCCGGAAUAUUGAGUGAUGAUCAACCUCCCGAGUCGCCAUGCGAUUCAAACGACACGGAUGAGACGGCCAAAAAUCUACCGUGGCUAAAGUCGGUAUCGAACUUCCUCGGCUCAUUUCACUACUAUUGUGACCAUCAAAACUUUUGCCAUCCGUACUGCUAUCGGCGUCACAUGCGUGCAGCUACGAAGCUAAUUCGCGCCAUUCGUAAGGUUUACGGUGACGAAUUCGGUAUUACUCCGGUCACCUAUGCCCAACCGAAUGAGUCAUCGAAGGGAACCACACGUCGCGACCGGUCGAAACAGGGACGCAAGGUGUCCGAUCAAAGUUCUUCUCAAACAUCGCCCUCGAAGCGUAAGGACAGCGUCACCAAGCGUGAUCGGUAUAUGGUUUUGCAAACUCGCCGAAACAGGAUUAUUUUACAGGACGAAUCGGAACCAAACACUUCCCAGUACUCUACGUUCAUCCACGAACCCAAGCACCAUCAGGAGGAUCCGCCGGUGUUGAAGUACAUCAAAAACCAGGUGCGCGAUGUAUUCCACGCUCCGAUAGCAUCGCUCGUCAAAGGGGCCGCCGUGCUAACGGAAGAACAGUUUGUUGAGGUGAUUCCGAUCGCGUGGGAAUUGCUGCUGGAAACCGACCAAGAAGUAUCGGCCGCCUCCGCCGCGCUCUUCAUACUAGCCUCCGUGAAGGCACCGAACACGGCCACCGACAUCAUGCAGCGUUCGCUGAAGAACAAAUGUCCAAACACGCGCAUCCAGGCCAUCCUGCGUUAUCAGGUGCUGUGGAAGAAUCGCUUCCAAGUGUGGCCCCGCAUGGAGGAGGGUGCUCACCUGUCUUUCAAGGUGCCACCGCCGGGUAUCGAGUUUACGCUUCCCUCGCCAAAGAUCGGUAUCGAGAGCCUUCCAGUGGUGGACCCACCCUGGAUGCCGAGGCAACAGAACAAAGAUAUGGAGGUUACUCUCAACCAAGAGCGUCAUCGAUCAUUGGUCACCGCCACCAAAACGCGAAAGAAGCAGCAAACCGAAGCUAUUCGACAUGCGAUGCUGCAGCAGGAGGACAAACAACGUUCCGAGCGACAAAGCUUCCUGAUUACGACCAUUCCGAUAACUCAGCAGGCCGCUCAUGAACCCGGCCUCGAUCAUGGACCUACCGAGGAUCAUGUGGAGGAGGAAGAGGAUGGUACCCGUUCGGCAAUCCACAUGCAUGCCGCCCAUUCGCUUUUCCCAUCUUGCCUUUGCUCGUCUGUCAUGCAAAUUGUGGCCUGUCUGGAUGAUGCUGCGGUUAACUCGGACGGCUGCGCCGUGUAUGAGGUGGCGUACCAGGUUAUAUGGAUCUGUCUGGUAGAGGAUUCGGCCCUCUUCCUACGGUACGUGCUGGAACGGUUGACACGCGAUCAUCAGGAUCAAAUGUUUAAGCUACUGCGACACUUGAUACGAUUUGUACCUCGGUUGCCACAGCAGGCUGCGUUUGCGCUGUACAAUUACAUCAUCGGAUACGUCAUGUUCUAUGUGAGAUCGACGCAUGAAUGUAGCCAGCAGCUGGUUGGAUCAGCUUUGUCAGUCCUCUGGAUGGUGGUGCACAGCGUCCAUGGGAUCAUGUUUAAGGAUUUGAAACAAAUUUUGCGGAAGGAACAGUGCGACGCAUCGAUCCUCCUGACGGCAAACGUGCCCUCGGCGAAGAAGAUUAUUGUCCACGGACCAGAAGAUGAAGGCGGUAUUCCAUCGCAGUUUCCGGUGCAGGAGGACACUCAGUUCUCACAGCUGCUCAGCGAAUCGCUGGACUUUUUCGGCAUCGAUGAAAAGAAGCACGCUCAGCACGUGCUCGUCGACUACAAGAGCCACCAGAUACUGAACCCCAACUGGUACGUGCGCGAUCUGUACUUCUUCAAGCGAUCGCAGUAUCCCCAACUGCGGUUGGUAGAGAUGAAAACGGAUGAAUCGUUCAACGCCCUGCAACGUCAAGAGCUGUGCAAGAAGUUUGUAGAGAUCGGUAAGGUUCACCUGACGUGGGCUAUUCUGAAGAACGUCGAUAUGGUGGUGCAGCGUGUGGUAUUUCUGCACGAGGAGCUCAUGAAGCUGCCCUCCUUCCCACGGAAGGCGCUAGAAGUGGAUCUUGACCUGCACCAGGGGGGUGAGCUGGGCAAGGAAUUGCUCGGGCUGGAUGUGCUACACAAGUUCAUGUGGGUGCGGCUGAUAGCGCGAAUGUUCGAGGCUAUGGCCGGGAACUUUGCCUAUUCUGCCGACAUUCAGCUCUUCCUGAACGUGCUGUCCGGGGCCGCGCUGCUUCAUUCGGAGGACUCGUGUAUCAUGCGCUACGUGACGGCUACAUUCAUCAAUGCCGCUUCGAACUUCAAGAACAUCUUUUCCACCAAUGGUUACUUCAUGAUCAUGCCGGCCAUGCUGCAGGUUUACUCGCUGCACCAGACGAACAAGCUCGUUACGACCACCAUCGAGUAUGCGGUGAAGCAGUUCUAUCUACUCAACCGAAAGCCAUUUAUUCUGCAAAUGUUUGGCUCCGUUUCGGCCAUCCUCGAUACGGAUGAAAAUGGAACGUACGGAGAAGCUCACAAGGUGCAAUCUAGCUGUUUGUUCAACCUUUUACUCAGUUUGGAAACGCCAUCACCGGAUCCACUGAACAUAGCGGAAUUGGUCAAAGAACCGAAGCCAUUGAAAGCGAUCGACUUUUGCUACCACGAUGAGGAUGAGAUGGUAACGGUGCUGGACUGCAUCACGCUUUGUGUAAUGGUAGUUUCCUACUCGGCGGAAAGUACUAGGGGAUAUCAAAUGCUGAUUAUUUUGGAAGCGAUUCUACCCUGUUACAUGCAGCAGAUUCAGUCAUCCUCUUACAUCCCACUGGAAGGCAAAUGCGAACGUGACAUAAUUCUUCAACUGGCGGUUACGAUCCGCACGAUGGUGCACAACUGCGAGGGACUGUCCAAGAGCUACAACGGUCCAUUCCGGAACAGCCCGGAACACAAAGGAUCGAGUCAGCGCAAUUGCUCCCGAGGGCCACCCUGCUCGCCUGGGCUGGACUAUGACGAUGAAUCCCAUGCCAAGUAUGUCAGCGACAUUGGGCGUACGAAGAUGCUGAACGAAUCGGUCGAUGAUUCCGAAACGAUACGCGAGUAUCGGCGCCCUCGAGAUGUACUGCUGUCGGUGGUUGGUGAGUUUAUAAUUCAAGCCUCUACGCGCCUGGCGGAACUUGCGCGAAAGCAGGGCGAGGCUAAGCCGAUCGAGCUGCUGGAUGUCAAGUGCCAUGUACGGUUGGCUGAAAUCGCUCAUUCGCUGCUGAAGGUGUCACCGUACGACCGUGAAUCGAUGGCCUGUCGGGGAUUGCAGAGGUACAUGCAGUGUAUUUUCCCGCGUGCUGAAUGGGCCGACGACCAUGGCAUGAAGCCGACGCUGGUAACCAUCUUACGACGGCUGGAUAAGGUGUUUCUGAAGAUUUCCAAGAAAUCGUCCGUACGACGCAAUACGAACUGGGAGGCGGCCGCUGGUUUGCUGAAGGGUGUCUCCGAGGCCAUCAUUCGGUACCCGCACAUUCUGCUCUGGCGUGAAAUGAAGGCGCUGCUGACAAACGUACAGAAUCUUAUCGUUAACGAGCCUGGUAACGUGCCGGAGGGUGUGUCCGGCGCUGGGGCAGCCUUAAUGUCCAAGAGUCCGCCGGCGUUCUUCUGUUCGAACGUUGUGCGCCUAGUGGCGCUGCAGGUCGUCAGCCCGAUUGACUCGCUGUCACACGGACUGGAGCAGAUCUGUGGCGGCAGUGCCGACUUCCCGACGCAGGAGAAGGCCGAAGGUUUCUUGAUGCAUCUACUGAUGCCACUGUGUCUGAAGGUGUGCAGUGGCCGAGGCAUCUCGGACGUUGGCGAGCUCAAGCAGUCGGACAUUUCCUUCCUAGUGACGGCCGUCCUGAACGCGAUGAGUCCAAUCGCUGGCCGCACGGCUCAGGCCGGCAUGCAGAUGAACCGCACGGGAGCCGAUUUGCGUGCCGGUUCACUCACGUUCACCGGCAGCCGGGAUGCGAAACGACCGGCCAAGAUUUCCAGCUCACUGUACCAGGCCACCUUUUUAGCGCUGCGCGUACUUUGCAUCUGCUUCGAGACACGCUUGUCGAACGAUUGGCCACGGAUUGCGCGCGUCAUGCGGGAUCUCGGACGGCGCAACGAGGCAGCACCGGAGCUGUGGAGCUUUUUGGAGUUUGUUGUUACACAGCGCACACCGCUGUACAUUGUGCUGAUGCCGUUUAUUUUGCAUAAGAUUUCCCAACCACCGAUCGGGGAUCAUGAGCGGCACAUGCAAUUUUUGAUACGGGAAAGAAUGCGUGGCACACAGCCAACCGGUGGCACCAAAUCCCGUGGAGCCAUUCUGCUGGAGCUAUCGCGGGAGUUGCGUGAACUGAGGGAAGAGCUGGAAACUCGUCGAUACGAUCGUGACAUGUCGACGGAAACGUCGAAACGGGACAUACCAAAUAUUCCGACCGCACCGGAACAACCAGUACGCCAUCAGCAUCAACGUCCAUCAUUGAUUUCGAUGUUGACCGGAGUACAGCCGCCGCUAAACUUUCCAGCUUCACUGCAGCAACAGCAGCUGCAACAGGACACGCGCAGUAGCACCGGGAUAUGCACCUCCAGCGACACCCUGUCCCAGCACACUCUGCAGGCACCGAAGGGCGAGUCGCUGUCCAGCUCCACUACGACCACCACGAACCAUCGGGAUGGAAUUGGAUUAAUGGCCGACUCACACAGUGCCGAUCUAACACUGACUUCUUGCACACUGGCCGAGGCAGGCUCCAUCGAUCUGCAGGCGGGCACACCGGCCGGUAGUCAGAGCACGAUUGCUGGAUUGGGUGGCGGAAGUGUACCCCAUCUGUCGCAUUCCGUUUCGCUGCAAGCUUCGGCCGGUAAGACGCAACCACCGCGGCUACGCUUUGUAUCUUCGGUCGAGUUUAAAACGUCCUCUGGUGAAACAUCCACCACGCCGCUCUCGCCGGACAGCCUUGCGGACGAUAGUUCCGGUGAAAACCACAACAAACACCGUCUGCAGAGAUCGCGGGCACAGAGCCGCAAAACGUUCCGCAACCGGCGCGGCAUGCGGUCGAGUACUUUUAACGAGCAAAACUACAUCCCCACGGUGGCAGGCGGUGCCGGGAUGUCGAUGGUAGGUCUACCACCGUCGGGUGUUGUUGCCGGUGUCUCCGGUGUCCCACCGGGAGUUAUCGUUGGUGGUACUGGUGGUGUUGUCCCAGGGGGUGGACAACCAAUACCACCAAUCGUGAACGAGCCCCCAUUUGAGCCUCUUAACCGGGCCAUCGCCACGUUAGGAGACCUCAGCUGGGACUCGGUGUCACAAACGUCGUCGACCUCCGGCUACCGGGACAAUUAUAGCCUUCAAACAGGCCUUUUAUCGCCCGACGGGUCGCUGUCCGGGAAUGCCAUGGGAGGACGGUCUUCUUCCCAGCAUUCGCUGCUGAUGUUGUUUGAAACACAGGACGAGGACACACUUAUUUAA